UUUUGGGCCCAUCUCCUUCAAUACUGCAUGGCAGAGCUAAUUAAAUGCCUUUCUAUAAAAAAUUCUGGAUAACAUCAGCGAUGUGGAAAAAGAGGACUGGAUUGAAAAUCUAAAGCCGUGUUCGGGGAUUCCUUAGCAAUUCCGAGAAAAAUUAUACAUUAGAAUCGAAAUUCCGGCCCGGUGUAUGUUCAUCCUUCCCUCUGUUUUCGUUACAGCUUUACCCCUUUUCACAUUAUAGUGUGUGUAUUGCAGGGAUAUUUUUUCAGCCUUGCUUAUCCACUUACAAUCGGUUUUCUCAUAUCACACUUUGAGGAAAGAUAAUUCUUGAAUUUUGUCUAAUACAAAACCAGGGUUUUUCAUAUUGUUAUGGCAAUUCUGUUACACUCAUCGUUUCCGGUGAGAAACCCAUCACCGCAGCUCGCCGGAAAAUCCUCCGGCCUACUCGCGCACGCGCCGAAGUCCCAAUCUUUCCCACUCAACACCACUAACUUCUCCCAAGUCCUCUCCUCAACCCAGAAACCCCUUCCCCCAAAAGACAGCAUCUUUACCCUACCCAACUGGAGAUCCGGCAGAACCGACCCGAGAAGCAGGGAAGUCAAGAUAAACGACGCUUUCCUCUACCUGGAGUACAUGGUGGGCAAAGGCCACAAGCCCGAUGUGGCCAGCGCCACCCAGCUAAUGUACGAUCUCUGCAAAUCCAACAAACUCAGAAAAGCCACUAGGGUUAUGGAGAUGGUGGUCAAAGCUAGCACCAUCCCGGAUGCUGCCUCCUACACUUUCUUGGUCAACCAUUUAUGCCGCCGGGGAAACGUCGGCCACGCAAUGCAGCUAGUCGAAACAAUGGAGGAGUACGGCUACCCGACGAACACCCUCACCUACAAUUCCCUAGUUAGAGGCCUCUGUAUGCGCGGCAACUUGAACAAGAGCCUCCAGUUCGUCGAAAAAUUGAUGCAGAAGGGCCUCAUCCCGAACGCGUUCACCUAUUCGAUCCUCCUCGAAGCCGCGUACAAAGAAAAAGGAGUCGACGAAGCCAUGAAAUUGUUGGAUGAUAUGAUAGCCAAGGGCGCGAAGCCCAAUCUAGUGAGCCACAACGUGAUCUUGACCGGUUUGUGCAAGGAGAAUCGGACCGAAGAGGCGGUGCAGCUCUUUAGGGACUUGCCCGCAAAGGGUUUCAAUCCGAACGUUGUGAGCUACAAUAUCUUGUUGAGGAGUUUGUGCUACGAGGGCCGUUGGGAUGAAGCGAACGAGCUUCUCUCGGAAAUGGUGGGCGAAGAGCGGGCCCCGUCUAUAGUGACGUAUAAUAUAUUGAUUGGCUCGUUGGCUCUAAAGGGUCGAACGGAUCAAGCUCUCGAGGUAUUGGACGAGUUGUUCCGCGAGGGCCGGUUCAAGCCAGAUGCCGCGAGCUACAAUCCGGUGCUCGCUCGUCUAUGCAAAGAACGAAAAAUCGAUGAUGUCAUCAUGUGUCUUGACCAAAUGAGCUUUCGGAAUUGCUUGCCUAAUGAGGGGACGUAUAACGCUAUUGCGGUGUUGUGCGAUGACGGGGCGAUGGUUGAGGAGGCAUUUUCAAUCAUUAAGAAUCUGAGGAACAAGAAUGAAUCCUCGUUCCACGAUUUCUACAGAAACGUGAUCACUAGUUUGUGCAGGAAGGGCAAUACGUACGCGGCUUUUCGUUUGUUGUACCAGAUGACUUCGUGCGGGUUCACGCCUGAUUCGUACACUUACUCGUCUUUGAUAAGGGGUUUGUGUUUGGAGAGGAUGCUGGGGCCCGCAAUGGAUGUUUUUCGGGCUAUGGAGGAGAACGGGUUUAGGCCCGAUGUGGAUAACUACAACGCCCUUGUGCUUGGCCUGUGUAAAUGUGGGAGGACGGAUUUGUCAUUUGAGGUUUACGAGAUGAUGGUGGAGAAGGGGCAUAUGCCUAACGAGACUACAUAUACUAUAUUGGUUGAAGGGAUGAUUUACGAGCAAGAGAAGGAGAUGGCGGUGGGUUUGUUGAGCGAGCUUCACGUUAGACGUGUUGUGAGUAGAAGUACGGUGGAGAGACUUACUAUGCAAUACGAUCUUGAAACUCCGUUGGUGCAUGUAUAGUGUGGGAUAUUUACAAGGGUUGUGCAAAGAAUAGGACAAUUGAUUUGUGCGAGUAUUGUUAUACAUUUGAUAGAAUGUGAUUUGUAAUAAACUUGGGAUUUAGGCUUGGAGGGGCUAUUUUUUGUUUGGGAGGAGAAUCUUCAAAUUCUAGUGGGAAUAAUAAUUCUUGAUGCUUUUACCUUACGAA